ACAGCGACAUGACCACAAUGGAAAUCGCGCGCCACGCCAAACAGACUCUGCACGCCCCUGCGCUCCGAUUUGAUGCUCUCUGAGAUUCUGAAAAUACACGAAGGAGAAAGACAAGUCCCAAGGCAUGAAUACAAUAUUUAAUCAACUAUAUGUCCACUCUAAGCGUCCGUCUUGCUGUACCUAUUGACCAUCGAUAGUUGUGUGCUCAAGUUUACCGAGAUCCAAAGUUGUCAGGCAGCGUUCAUUGAACGCAUGCGCAUUGCAUCCACUAUCCAGCUCAAAAUAAGAGUUAAAACAGAAACGAGUGCAGGAGGAGGAGAGCAGGGAGAGAUGACUGACACCCCGCCCAGCGAAGGCCCUUCCCAGGGGGCAGAGUUUGACAUGAUGGGUGCUCUGGACUGGCAGGACGGCAUCGCCACACUGCCCGGCAGCGACAUCAAGUUCCGUAUGACAGAGUUUGGAACUUUGGAGAUCGUGACAGAGCCAGAGGUCAAAGAGGCAGGGCCAACCCCCCAGAACCCUGCCCAGUCGAAAAGCCCGACCCCUCCACCAGAGGCCCAAUCAGAGAGCAGUGCAUCCUCUUCUGCAGCCAAGGAAGUCCAGCCACUUGCACCUAAGGCUCAAGGCCCUGUGCUUCUGUCUCUAGAGGAGGGUCCCACUAUGGAGGAGCCGAGGGCGGAGGCGGGCCCCAGGGCGGAGGCGGGCCCCAGGGCGGAGGCGGGCCCCAGGGCGGAGGCGGGCCCCAGGGCGGAGGCGGGCCCCAGGGCGGAGGCGGGCCCCAGGGCGGAGGCGGGCCCCAGGGCGGAGGCGGGCCCCAGGGCGGAGGCGGGCCCCAGGGCUGUGAUGGCUAGCUGUAGGUCGUGUGGGGGCUCCGGUCCACUGGAGAGUUUCCUCCAGGGCAAAUACUGCAGCUCCAUUUGUGUCCAGCCCUCCAGUGGCAGGUCAUCACCCGGAGAGCGGAGGGAGAGAGAGGGGGGGGAGGGGGGACUGGGGAAACGAGUGAGGAAGAAGAGGAAGAUCUACAUGGACUCUGGUGAUGAAGACGAAGACAACCAGGAGGAGGAAGAGGACAAGUCCAAGGCUGUCAAAGGGAGGAGAGCUGCUAAGCUGGCCAAGCUAGUGACAGCCCCACCCAAUAAGAAGCGACCCUGGAGCUGGCCCUCCUACAUGGAGGAGGAGAAGGCUAUAGCUGCCCCCCUUAAACUGUUCAAGGAGCACCAGUCGUUCCCUCAGAGCAGGAAUGCCUUCAAAGUGGGGAUGAAGUUAGAAGGACUGGACCCCUGUCACCCCUCUCUGUUCUGUGUGCUCAGUGUUGCUGAGAUCCAGGGUUAUAGGGUAAGGCUUCAUUUCGACGGGUAUCCAGAGUGCUAUGACUUCUGGGUAAAUGCUGACACCUGGGAUGUAAAGCCGGCAGGCUGGUGUGAGAAGAUGGGACACAAGCUGCUACUGCCGAAAGGUUGUAAGGAUGGGGAGUUCAACUGGAACAUGUAUGUGAAGAACUGCAGAGGUCAGCUGGCCCCCAAACACCUCUUCAAGAGCCUCAACACGUCGGUGACUCCGUCAGGGUUCCGUGCGGGUAUGAAGCUAGAGGCGGUGGAUAAGAAGAACCCAUAUCUGAUCUGCGUAGCGUCCAUCGCGGCUGCUGUUGACAACAGACUCCUCAUACACUUUGACAACUGGGACGACACCUAUGACUACUGGUGUGAUGCCAGCAGUCCCUACAUCCACCCUGUAGGCUACUGUGAGGAGGCUGAGCUGACCCUCACCACCCCUGCUGAGUAUAAGCACCCGAGGAGUUUUUCCUGGGAUAAAUACAUGGAGGAGACUGGCACACAGGCAGCCCCUGCACGUGCCUUCAAACUGCGUCCGUGCCAUGGGUUCCAGGCUGGAAUGAAGCUGGAAGCUGUCGAUAAGAGGAAUCCCAUGCUCAUCCGCGUAGCAACCAUCGCAGAGGUGGAGGACCACCGACUGAGGAUCCAUUUUGAUGGCUGGAGUGAGGAGUACGACUACUGGGUGGAUGCUGACUGCCCAGACCUGCACCCUGUGGGCUGGUGUCAGAAGACUAGUCAUCCCCUACAACACCCCUCCAAUGGCUCCACUGAUAUGCUGGUCCUCCCAGGGCAGGGAUGUCCUACCCCAGGAUGCAAUGGGGUAGGUCACAUCCGAGGACCCCGCUACGGAACCCACUACACGGGGGUGAGCUGUCCGUACUCGGAGAUGAACCUGAACAGGGAGGGCCAGGUACCAGACCGUCUGAGUGGAGAACGACCUAUGACCCUGAGUGGGCCUCAUCACCGUGGGCGACGCCCAGACCCUCCUCCACACACCCAGACAAACAGCCCCACCACACCGGAGCAGCCCGAGCCUGCAGACGACUCCCCUCAGACCAGUGUAACUAAGGGGCCGACGGUUGACGAGGGUGAACGAUGCAGCAGUCAGAGUGAGCCACCAGGGGGCUCCACUGAGCCCAUCAACGACGGAGCCAAGGCCAAGAGGUCUGCUCCAGUCCCAAAGUAUCUGAAGCUGCACGUCGUCAAGCAGGAGAGUGGAGAUGGGAAAGACUCCCUGUCUCUCCAGCAGGCGCUCCAUGAGUCAGUGUUCUCCCCGGGUGGCUCCUCCUCUCCCCCUCACAGGGUGGCUCUGUGCUGGGACAAACACUGCCAGCUGCUCCCUGAGGUCCUGGGCCUCACAGCUAAGAGAGUUGCAACCUGGACCGCCGACGAGGUGGCCAGUUUUGUCAAAGGGCUCCCGGGCUGCAAAGAGCAUGCUGCCACCUUCAGGACAGAGCAAAUGGAUGGAGAGGCCUUCCUGCUUCUCACCCAAGCAGACAUAGUCAAGAUCCUGUCAAUCAAACUAGGCCCUGCCCUCAAGAUAUACAACGCCAUACUCAUGCUGAAGAACGCUGAUGAGGAGUGAGACGCCCCCUCACGCUUCAUUUCCUCCCACACCCAACCGCUGUAUCUGAAUAGUCUAGAGAAGCCUCCUCACCUUAUUCUCUUUGGUCUUCAUCUGCACUGAUCUGAGGUCGUAGGAUAGGUCAGAGCAACGUAAUGCAUGGCCACCAGGAAUCUGCUUUCAGCUAUCCUGUUAUUUCACAUCAGUGUAGAGGAGUAGAGAGAAUGUACCUGGUGUCAGUGUAGAGAGGAUGUACCUGGUGUCAGUGUAGAGAGGAUGUACCUGGUGUCAGUGUAGAGAGGAUGUACCUGGUGUCAGUGUAGAGAGGAUGUACCUGGCGUCAGUGUAGAGAGGAUGUACCUGGUGUCAGUGUAGAGAGGAUGUACCUGGUGUCAGUGUAGAGAGGAUGUACCUGGUGUCAGUGUAGAGGAGUAGAGAGGAUGUACCUGGUGUCAGUGUAGAGGAGUAGAGAG